CCGACACCAGCAGCAGCUCGCCCUCGUCCUCUUUUUCCGGCGCUGGCUCCUCACACUCACCACUCUUCUUUGGCCUUUGGGUUGAAACCAAACACCCAGGACCCACCUCCUCUGGACACCCAAGACCCAACCCAGAGUCCUUCGGAUACAGCCCAAGACCCUGUCUACUCUUCCACGCUUCAUCCCUCUGAUCCCUUGAAACUCCGCAUCUCCCAUUCACCCCCUUUGCCAUCCAUACCCGAAUCAUGACCUUUUCUUCCUUUACUGCUCUCUCGCUCUCGUUCCUCAUUUCUAUCAUCCUCCCCGUCACCUCAGCCUCCUUUGUAUGGUGAUUCAAGGUCAGACAGACUUACACACAGCAUCAAACAAAAACCACUGCCCUCAUUGCCACAUCAGACUGCCCUCUAAAAGGCUGCUCCGAGCCUUUGUACCUUCACUUUCCUCCCUCCCCCGAAGUGUUCACUAGCAGCCCCCUUUUCACUCCCUACCUCUGCUUCCUCUACGACCAAAAACAAGCCUCAUGCAGGCAGUGGCCAGACACCUAUGGGGGAUGUCCCUACUGGUCUUGCGCCAUUCACUACAUGGGUGACUCUCGGUACCCACAGUAUUACUCCUCCAACCGUUUCAUAAAAUAUCCCAACAGCUCAUUCUCCUUAUCAAUCCCUGAUCCCUGGGACCCUCGAUGGGCCGCCGGAGUCACAGCCUCAGUUUACUACGGGGGGUCCUUGACCCCCCACGGUACCCUUCAUAUCUCUCAAGAGUAUGUUCCUUCUCGUUCCCAGAUCUCUCAAGUUGCAUCAGAUAUCAGACAUUCCAAAAAAAGUCAUUAUUCAAACAUUUGACGGCGCCUCUUCAUCUUCCUAUCCCCGCCCCUCUUCUAAUUUCUCCUACUUUUGGUUACAGCUCAUUCAAGACACCACCAUCUUUCUCAACCACACCCUCAACACCGCCAAUUGUUUCUUGUGCGCAUCACUACAGCACCCACUGCUGGCCGCCAUGCCCCUUAAUAUUUCCAACUUCUCCUUCCAUGCAGAAGGACAACCCCUCCGCCCCCUGGCAGACAUACCCCUAUGGGAACCAGAAUACGCAGAUAAUCUCACUAUCCACCACUGUGUAGGCCCAACUCCACCCCCCUCCAGCGCACUUCACUGCCUCUCUAUCUACACCCCCACCUCCGACUCUAAAACUUUUACACAACCAGGACACUUCUUUUGGUGUAAUGGCAGUCUUUUCAACUCACUGCCUCCCAACUCCAAUAUAUCCUGCAUUCUCGUCACCCUAAUCCCACAGCUUACACUUUACAGCAUGGCAGAAUUUCUUGAGCUCCAACCUCCCUUGCCCUCGCACACAAAAAGGGCUGCUUUCCUUCCCAUCAUGGUCGAUAUCUCUUUGAACACCUCAGCCAUUGGGGCAGGGUUUUCAGGAGGGGCCUUGGGUCACUCUCUGUGGGCAAUUAAAGAUCUCAACGCCAAACUUGAGGGAGCCCUGACAUCCACUGCCAAUUCCCUGGCCUCUCUCCAAAGACAGGGCACUUCGCUAGCUAAAGUCACCCUUCAAAACCGGCGGGCCUUAGAUCUGCUUACAGCCGAGAAGGGCGGCACCUGCGUCUUCCUUCAGGAAGAGUGCUGCUAUUACAUCAACGAAUCCGGCAUUGUAGAAACUGACAUUACCAAACUCACCGACCUUGCCUCCAGCCUCCACUCUGCUUCCAAUUCCAACCCAUUCUCUUCAAUACUAACAAACCCCCUCCUUACCUGGCUCUGGCCCAUUGCAGGCCCCAUAAAUAAUCAUUCUUCUCGCCUGUCUCUUCUUACCCUGUAUAAUAAAGUUCAUCAAAUCCCAAGUUGGAAAAAUCUCUAAUCAAACUUUCAACCAGCUUUUACUCAGAAACUAUCAGCUUCUGGCCACAGAAGAUCCCUCACCCUCACGUGACCUCCUCACCACACGCUGAGAUGGACCCCUCUCUCAGCUGAAAAUUGUUCCUGGAAACAAUGGCAGCAGACACCUGGCUUCUGGCACCCGUAUCCUCUUGGCACCAUUGGAAUCAACAGGUCCUCGACCUAUGGUUACAGGGAACCUUCAUUGAUUUCCAACCUGAGGAAGUCCACAUCUACUCGUCCUUACUGUGGGGAGUCCUAUCAACCCUUUCCUCCUGGUCCUCAAGCCCUCACUCCCUUCUCCGCCCCCGUUCAGCAGGAAGCAGUCAGAGAGAAAGCAACGUCCACAACCCCAUAGAGGAGAAAGGGGGGAAUGAAGGGCCCCCACCUGUAAGAUGGAGAACUUCCUGCUUCUCUUCUUGGUCUUCGGUUCCCGCCGGCGCCACCCGAGGCCCAAUCACCUCUCGCCCCCCCCACCAAUCCCAGCACCUAGCCAAUAGCCACCAGUCCCGUUGAAGUGACACCUCAAUCAGUUUAUGUCCCUCCCUAUAUAACCUAGUACUUUUCCCCAAUAAAGUGGAACUCUCC